AUGCUGUUAAGAGCCGCUCUCGCUGAAGGUGACAACACCAGCCCAGACAUCUACGACAUCUACACCAUGGAUAUGGACUUCUCGUUCAGCGACUUUGAGCAGGUUGACUCAAACGACUACAUUCCAAUAGCAGAUGAGCGUCUGGACCAAAUACGCGCGGCAUCGUCGGAAGACGGAAGCAUCCAAUGGAUAAUCCGUGCGAUCGUCGAGGGAUGGCCGAACAGUCCGGAUGAGGUACCAGACCCUGUACGAGCAUUCUGGAACCAAAGGGCGGAUCUUAGCACUCGAGACGGUAUUGUCUACCGAAACGAUCGGAUUCUGGUUCCAACGGGGAUGAGAGCGGGCAUUUUGAAACGGCUGCACGCGUCGCAUUCGGGAAUCGAGGCAACGACCAAACUGGCUCGGGACACGGUGUUUUGGCCUGGGAUCACUCGCGACAUAAAAGAAUGUAUCCAAAACUGUGACAUCUGCAUCAAGCACUCGCCCAACCAACAAAAUCAGCCGAUGCAAACACACCAGAUUCCCAGCUACCCGUUCCAGAAAGUCAUGGAUCAUUUUUCGGAUUUCAUUGAAGUCGACGAGCUGAAUCGAGACGCAACUGCAGGAACCGUGGUCCAAAAAUGUCGCGAGAACUUCGCAAGAUACGGAACGCCCAUGUACGUAACUACUGACGGAGGACCCCAAUUCAACAUUCCUAUGGCUGAGGCGAAGUUUGAACCUAAAGUGCAGGAAGGAGUGAAGGAGCAAAUAAAGAAGAAUCAACAGCGCGCCAAAUCGUACUACGAUCGAACAGCCAAAACGUUACCUGGUUUGGACGUUGGGCAACCCGUAUUUGUCAAGAAGAAGCCAACGGACAACACCUGGACCAAAGGAACUGUCGAAAGUGCAUUCAACGAUCGUUCUACGAUUGUUGAUGUGCAGGGGCAGAAGUAUCGCAGAGACAACGUUCUGAUCAAACCAGCUGGGACUAGUCGUUUGUCAGUACCAACAACGCAGCCUGAGGAGCAGCCAGGAGAACGGCCCAAGGAAGAGGAGAACAGCAGCCCAAGGCGCACGCCUGUGGGAGAUCCCGCAACACCGGUGGCGCAGGAGCGUCCACAACGCAGCAUUCGACAGCCAGAGUGGUUCAAAGAUUACCAGAUGUAUUAA